CUCCCCUUCUCCGCCGCCCCAAAACCCAAUCGGCCGGUGAGCGAGCGAGCGAGCCCCAGCCAGCCAUGGCUCGGAAGCGCCGCGCACCGCCGCUGCCGCCUCCGGAGGCCGAGCCCUCCGACGAUUCCAUCGGCGAGGAGGAGAAGGAGGAGGGGGAGUCUCCCGCGGCCCCGGCGCCUCAGAAGCCCAGCGACCACGGCGUCGCCUCGUCGGAGGACAACUCCGACAUGGACACGUACGCGCAAGGUUUCCAGCUGCAGAUGCUCGGUGGCGCCCCCCACGAGGAGGAGGAGGUGGGGGAAGCAGGCGGCGGCUCAUUGGAGUCGGAGCCCGUGCGGAAGGAGGCGGCGACGAAGGCCAAAUCCGAGGCGUCGGCGAAGAAGGCCAAAUCUGAGGCGUUGGCGAAGAAGAAUAAGAAGAAGAGGGAGGCAUCGCCUGAGCCCGCGCCGUCGGGCAAGGCCAAGAAGGCCAAGGCGGAGAAGGCGGCGGCGCCUGAGCGCACCCUCUCGGGCAAGUCCAAGAAGGCAGCCAAGGCUGCGGCGGGGAAGGCGGCAGCUGCUGACACGGAGACUGCUCCGUCCAGGAAGGCGAAGAAGUCCAAGUCCAAGUCCAAGUCUGAGAAGAAGGCCAGAACACUGUGGACGACGGCUGACGCUAUCAAGAUUCUUGAGAUACAUGUGGCGCAUCUUAAGAAUCAUGGUACGCUGCCUAAUGCUGAUGAGAUUAUUGGCGCUGCUGGUGAUAACCUUGAUAGGAAGAACAUCACGAAGACGGGCAUAUAUGAGAAGGUCCGGAGUCUCAAGAAGCGUUACGCGGCCACAACCAAGAAAUUUGAAGAGAGCGGCAACCUACCGGAUGAAGAGGAUGACUUAAGGAUGUAUCAGCUAUCAUCGGAAAUCUGGGGAAAGGAUGCAAAGGAAGCUAUUUCUGCUCUCGCCUCGCAGAACAAUGGCACCCCGACAAAGAGUAAGAAGAGGCAAGUGCAGGCCAAGAAAGAUAAGGUGGAUGGAGAUUCAAAGGAAGACGCCACUGCUGUGAAUGAAAAUGGUGGUACUCUGGCAGAGAAUAAGAAGGGGAAAGCCACCAAGCAGAAAACAGGUGCGGAAGCAAAGAUCGGAUCAUCUAAGGAGACUGCUCCAACUGCUAGUCCAAGCAAAAGCAAGAAGGGAAAUCACAAAGACAAAUUGAAGGAAGAAUCAAAGAGUGGUAAAUCAAAGGAGACCGCCACAAAUGCCACUCAGGGUGAUGGUACUUUGGUUGGGACUAACAUGGGGAAGGCUGACAAAGGGAAAUUGGAUGGGGACACAGAGAAUGUUGUGCCAACGGAGGCCACCACAAUUGCCACUCAUGGUGAUGGUACUUUGGUUGUGACUAAGAAGAGGAAGGCUGAUAAAGGGAAAUCGGACGGGGACACACAGAAUGUCAUUCCAACGGAGGCCACCACAAUUGCCACUCAUGCUGAUGAUACUUUGGUUGUGAGUAAGAAGGGGAAGGCUGACAGAGGGAGAUUGGAUGGGGACACACAGAAUGUCAUGUCAAAGGAGGCUACAACUAAUAGUAAGGGAAGAGAAAAUCACGAAGAGGUAUUACACAAAGAAGCUAAUGAAACAAACAUACGUAGGGAGUUUAUUGAAUUGCAGACUUUGUAUCCCAACCUUGCUUCUUUUGUGAACGGAUUGGAGGUUCCGCAUCAGUCAAUCUUCAAGAGAUCAUUUGAGUUAAUUAGUGAUGAUGAGGCUUGCACCCUGGAAACCAAGAUCAAGAAUCAAAGGAUAGAUGAAGUGAAGAUGCAGCUCCGUCUUGCAAACACAAGGAAGGCAGUAGUCGAAGCUUUCUUUGGUUAGCUGGGCUAAAACAUGGACGUGCUAACAAGCUUUUUGUGUGUGGCAGGUGCUUCGAUUGAAGGUUCAAGUCGCAGACGGUUUUUGGCUUCAGAGUUAUGUUGUUCAGAGGCAGACGGUUGGAUUGAAGAUUCAAGUCGCAGACGGUUUUUGGCUUCAGAGUUAAACGUUAUGACAAUUAGCGUACCAGUUGAACUGAUGGUUUUAUGCGUAGCCGUGAGGAGGUAGUCGUUGACAAACUUGUCUUUAGAUGUGUCUAAAGGGGCUUUAUAACUUUUGAUGUCGAUAUUGACCUGAAAUUCCAUAAUAUUGCCUAUUCUGCUGCCGAGUUAUAUUUUCUAGAUG